UUUUUUUAUCGUCGAACUCUAAACAAUGUCUACAGUUUCUGUUACAAAUGAGCCUUUACCUUCUUUUGAACCUAUUGAACAAAGUCAGAAGAAUUUACAAAAAAGAAAAAGAGAUUCUGGUAUUCUUAGUAAGAAUUUAUCAAAUGAUGAGGAUGAAAAAACCGAAAAAGAUUCUUUUUCUAAUCAAGCUAAAUCAUCAGGAACAAUAACUAAACCACUUAUUAUUUGGAUUGGUGCUACUAUUAUGCCUCGACAAGAAGAAGAAGGAGAUAUUGGUAACGAUUUACCCAUUUCUGGUGCCUUUAGUGUUUAUUAUGGAUUAAACGAUAGUCGUAAUUUUACUGAGAGAGUUACUCUUACACAAAACCAAAACUUGGAUUAUGUUUAUAAUAUGGGGGUCAUUCAUGCAUUACAAAAAUGCGAAGAUGAUGUUAGCACUUUAUCUAUUCAUACUGGAAGUCAAGAAGCUGGACUCGGCAGUCCUGACUACGAAAUAUGUAAUCAAAUUAAAGAAUUUAUUAACAAUAGAAAAGGAAGUACAUUAAUUGAUAAUAGAGUAAAUCAUUUUGAUAAAAGUAAAGAUUAUCAAGCUGCUCAUAAAAUGGCAGUUGAAAAACUAUACGAAAUAAAUGAAGAUGUAAAAAUGCCUAAUACUUCUGUAGUUAUGGAUGAUAGUAUUGAAAUUACUAUAUUAUCAGUUAAAGAUAAUACUAUUCCAUUAGAAAGUCAAACAAAAUUACCGGUAGAAACUCAGAUUAUAAUACAGGAAGACGUCAAAACCAAGGAGGAGUUAAAUGAGGUUAUUGCCAACUCGACUAAAAUUUCAUCAAAUACAGAUAUCAUUCUCAAUGAUGUCGCUAUUACUUCUAUAGCUCCUCUUAACAAUGAAGAAAAUAAUACACCUCAUAUUUCUGCUUUAAACCAAAAAGAUAAAGUAACAAUUAGUAGUAAACUUCAUACAGAUAAUGAUGUCACUGAAGGUUCGACAUCUAUUUCAUAUUUCCAUAGUUUUAUUAAUUUCUUAAAAGCUCCAUUUUUCAGCAAAUAUUCAUAAUUUUUUUAUUUUUCUUAAAUGUUUAAUUUCUGGCACAUGUACACUUAUAAAUAAAAU